AGUCAGUUGCGUUCGAUGCCAAAGCACGUUUGCGAUUGCCCUGUGAAUCCUUGUGUCCAAAUGACAAGAUUAGUGCUAGCCUGCUAGAUUGGCUUGCCAGACGAGGGAGCCUUUUGAGCCGUGAGGUGUUUCGUGUAUGGAGGAGUGAGGACGACUCCACUUCCUCAAGAAGCAGACAAAACAACACGUUUGCGAUUAAUACUCUCAAAGAACUGAAGUACUUUUUCGACAGUAUUUGCGACGUAAAACAUAUGAAACUGCCUAAACAAACAUGCCCCCAAAGAGAGCCAAAUUAGCCAUUGAUGGGAAUUCAGCUCAGAAAGCCACCAUGACAACAAGAGGCAAAAAAAUCUCCUUGCAUCACAUCCUUGGAAUAUGGUCGGGCUUCAUCCCCAAUUGCCAAUGUGAAAAAUGCAAUGAACUUCAACCAGUGGCAUCUUCAAGUUCAGUCGAAUCUACACCUCAACUUCCACUGCUUCAUCAAACUUCUAAAAAAUCAGCAAGAAGUGAUUCUGAAAUUAUCAAGCUUGCUGAAAUUGAAAAAAUUGAACCUAUCACUGAUGAACCAGAUCCUAUCUAUUUCAACUCAAAUGGUUCUGAAGAUGAUUCAUCAAAUAUAGAAUCUAUAGAUGGUAAUACCAAUUCAAAUAACAAUGUUGAUCCUUAUCUUCAUGCUAAAGUACCAUUAGCUAAAGAUGCAAAAAUCGAUAGUAAUGAAAAUAGUUUGGCUACAGAUAAUGUUUCAGAGGAUGAUUUAGGCAUAGAAGUUGCUAAUGCUGAAUUUGAUAUUGAUCAUGACUCUGAUAAUGUUUACACUGCAUUUCGAAGGAAUGUAGAUGAUCCCUUGAACUAUGUAGAGUGUUCAGUGUGUUUCAAGAAAAUCAAGGAAUCCUCAAUGAAACAACACUUUAAAACACAUUCAGGAGUGCGACCACAUCGUUGUGAUAUUUGUGGCACAUACUUUACCCGCAGAGGAGAUGUCUGUAGACACAAGAGGGUGGUGCAUGGCAAAGUGAGACCAUAUGUCUGUCGUAAAUGCAACAAAAAGUUUCCUGACCGCACUCUUCUAGUAUCUCAUCUUGUCAACCAUGACAAGACCACUUUUUAUGAGUGUUCAGUUUGUAAUUUCAAGUUUGGUCGUAGGGAGUAUUUUGACAAUCAUAUCCGCUUCAUUCACCCUAGUGCUGAGCAAGUGAACCCCAGUUCUGUUGCUGAAGAUGCUGUAGAGAUACAACUCAAAGAGCUUGAAGAAGAAGAUGAAAUCACUGGGGCCAACACUGUGGCAUCAGCUAUCAGAAAUGCAGAAUUAUCAGCCAAAACCUACAAACAAAUGCCGGAAAUAAAAGCAACUGAUAUCUGCAAAGAUUUGACUGAUUUCUCUGCUCCUAUUCCAUUAAUGCAACUGCAAACCGUUUCUAAAGAUAGUGGAAAAGAUGAAGAUCUUGUUGGCAAAAUUCUAAAUGCUGCUGUUGCUCAAGCAACAAACACCUUAUCUAACUUGGCUGCAGUCAAUCCUGCUAGGACUUCAUUCAAGUCUAACAAGCGCAACAAUAAAUAUGGUGGCCAAAGUCCUUUGGAAAUAAUUGUAAAAGUUUCAAUGAAUGGAACAAUGAGAAGGUUUAUUCUUCAAAUUCAAGGUGAAGAAGAAUUUGAUCUUCAGUCAGCUGAAGGAAUGGACCUUAUAGUAAAGUUGAUAAAUGAGCUUGGUGAAGAUAAAGGGCAAGUUGACGGGCCUAUCCAGAUCGAGCUGUAUAAGCCACCCCGCCGUUUUCUCCUAUUAAAACCUAUUACUUGAAUGCUUAGAAUUAGAUUUUCUAUUUAAACAAUUCUGGAGUACUUGAAUUCAUACUAUUAUUAUUAGAUGAGGCGUCUGUGUAAUAUUCAAAAUUAUACCUGUGUCGAGGUAACUUAGGUCACUUCCCUCAUCUUCAGGUCAUCUUUCCUUCUGCACAAGAAACUCUAAACUAAAGGGGUUGAUUAUACAGGGUUAUUCUAAAUGAUGGACCAUAUUUAAUAAAUUUUUAUU